GGCAAUGAACCAAGAAUGACUUUGGACGAUCUUAAUAGAUAUCUUCAAACUAUUGAUAGAACAACAGGUAUACAAAGACCAAAAUUUACAAGAGAACAAAUCAAUAGAAUGAUUGAUGAUACGAACAGAGGUCGAUAUUAUAACCAAGACGGUAAACUAGCUGUCGGCAAUGAACCAAGAAUGACUUUGGACGAUCUUAAUAGAUAUCUUCAAACUAUUGAUAGAACAACAGGUAUACAAAGACCAAAAUUUACUAGAGAACAAAUCAACAGAAUGAUUGAUGAUACGAACAGAGGUCGAUAUUAUAACCAAGACGGUAAACUAGCUGUCGGCAAUGAACCAAGAAUGACUUUGGACGAUCUUAAUAGAUAUCUUCAAACUAUUGAUAGAACAACAGGUAUACAAAGACCGAAAUUUACUAGAGAACAAAUCAAUAGAAUGAUUCAAGAUACGAAUAGAGGUCGAUAUUAUAACCAAGACGGAAAACUAGCUGUCGGCAAUGAACCAAGAAUGACUUUGGACGAUCUUAAUAGAUAUCUUCAAGAUAUUGGUAGAACAACAGAUGUACAAAGACCAAAAUUUACUAGAGAACAAAUCAAUAGAAUGAUUGAAGAUACGAACAGAGGUCGAUAUUAUAACCAAGACGGAAAACUAGUUGUCGGCAAUGAACCAAGAAUGACUUUGGACGAUCUUAAAAGAUAUCUUCAAACUAUUGAUAGAACAACAGGUAUACAAAGACCGAAAUUUACUAGAGAACAAAUCAAUAGAAUGAUCGAAGAUACGAACAGAGGUCGAUAUUAUAACCUAGACGGAAAACUAGCUGUCGGCAAUGAACCAAGAAUGACAUUAGACGAUCUUAAUAGAUAUCUUCAAGAUAUUGGUAGAACAACAGGUAUACAAAGACCAAAAUUUACAAGAGAACAAAUCAACAGAAUGAUUGAUGAUACGAACAGAGGUCGAUAUUAUAACCAAGACGGAAAACUAGUUGUCGGCAAUGAACCAAGAAUGACUUUGGACGAUCUUAAUAGAUAUCUUCAAGAAAUUGGUAGAACAACAGAUCCUCAAAGGUCGCGUUUCACCCGGCAGCAAAUACUGGAUAUGAUAGAAGGUCUGAAAAGGGGUCUUUACUACAACCUGGAUGGAAAGGAAGCAUUUGGAAAUGAACCGAGGUUGACUUUGGAUGAUCUUAAUAGAUACCUUCAAACUUUGGAUAACACAGCCGGAAUUCCAGGUGGUACGACACAGUAUACAUUUACACUUGAUGAUAUAAAUAGGAUGUUGACGGGGAUAGGCCAAGGUGUGGCCUACAAUAUUCAAGGAAGAAACGCAACUGCUGGAGAACCAACACUCACAAAGGCACAACUAAAGCAAAUGGCAAAAGAUUUACUUGGAUCUUCACCACCUGAACCAACUAGAAGGAACUAUACUGUAGAUGAAAUUAGUGCUAUUUUAGACGGUAUGGACAAUAACAAGAGAUACAAUUAUCAAGGGCUUGAAGCAAGUCCUGGUGAUCAAUAUUUAGAUAGAGGAUAUCUCACAAAACGUCUAGUAGAUGCCGUUCUGCCUAACUAUAAUAUACAAGAUGUUCAAAAUAUGUUAUAUGGUAUGCAGAAUGGUUCAUUAUACAACUAUAGAGGACGGAUUGCCUCUCCUGGUGAAAGGACAUGGCUCAAAGACCAAUUAGAGCUUCUCCUCAUUUUCUUGCUCGGUUUGCGAUAUGAAAACGUUGCGGCAAAUAAAUCUGCAGACAUGUCUAGCGUGUAUCAUCCAUCGUGGACUGCUGAUAAAGGUGUCGAUGGAAAUCGAAACCAAAAUAUGUUCUUCGACUCCUGCUUCCACACAGCUUAUGACAAAGAUCCAUAUUUUAUUAUUGAUCUGGGGGCCAUUUAUGAUUUAGACACGCUUGUUAUUUUCAACAGACAGGAUUGCUGUGAGGACCGUGCCAAUAAUCUUGAAGUAUCGACUGGAUUAACAUUACAUGACAUGACAAUACAGGAUGUAAUUAUUGGCCCAGUGUCAUCAACUGCUUUAUUGAGAUUUAAGCCAAAGCCUAGCGCUCGUUAUAUAAAGAUUCAGAAGAAAGGAGUGAACCCCUCAUUUUUCCAUCUGUGUGAAGUUGAGUUGUAUGGAUCGUACAAUAGAGAAGAUGCUGAAAAUAUCGCGCUUGGUAAAAGAACGGAGUUGUCUUCCUUGUAUCAAAAUAAUAAUAACUACGCCGGUAAUAAAGGUAAUGAUGGAAAUCCAAAUGGACAAGUAUCUUCUGGAAGCGAAAACUCGUGUUUCCAUACCAAUCAACAGUUACAACCGUAUUGGAUGAUAGAUCUCGGAGAUUUGUAUGAUAUACACCGUAUAGUUCUACACAAUAGAUUAGACUGCUGCUCUGAACGAGCACAUGACCUAGUAAUACUUGCUGGUCCAACACAUGAAGACACAAGCCCCAUAUAUUACCAUGCCGGUUCUCUAGGGCCAUUAAAAGAGAUACUGCUUCCUCCAGGACAACAUGCACAAUUUAUAAAGAUACAAAUCAAUGACACUUUGCCAGAAUACUUACAUCUUUGUGAAGUUGAAAUAUAUGGUACAUAUUCUAAAAAAGGUUCCGAAAAUGUUGCUUUGAACAAAACAACAGAGAUGUCUAGUUUGUUCCAAAAUAAUCCGAUCUAUGCCAGUGAGAAGGGUAACGAUGGCAACUCUCAUGGACAUAUUAUUCCUGGUAGCGAUAAUACAUGCUUUCAUACUGAGAAAGACAUAAGACCAUAUUGGAAGGUCGACCUGGGUGCCGUAUAUGACCUUGAAAGCAUUGUACUUCACAACAGACUUGAUUGUUGCGGUGAUCGAGCACAUAAUAUUGAAAUCCUCGCUGGUUAUUCUGAUAGUAAUCUUGUUCCCGUUUAUUACAAUGCCGGUAUUUUGGGACCAAUAGAGACAUUCUACUUUCCAAACAAUACUGAUGCGCAGAUAAUCAUGGUUCGAAUCAACGACUUGAUUCCAGAAAUACUACAUCUUUGUGAAGUAGAAAUUUAUGGUGUAUACAAAAGACCAGAUCUAUGCGGAAUUUCACCAUGCUUGAACGGCGGUAAUUGUACAAAUAUAGCUGGGGACAAUUUAUGUGUGUGUCCAGUAGACUGGAUCGGCAAAUAUUGUCAGAUAAGUGCAGACAAUAUUGCUUAUGGUAAACCGACACAACUGUCUAGUCUGUACCUUAAUGACCCUAUAUUCACCGGUGAGAAGGGUAAUGAUGGAGAUUCUAGUGGAAACUUGAUGUUUAAUAACAACAAUACAUGUUUCCAUACAAACAAGGAGCGCAGACCUUACUGGCAGGUAGAUCUCGGAGCUGUAUAUGAUCUACGGAGGAUUGUCCUUCAUAACAGACUUGAUUGUUGCACACAACGGGCACAUGAUAUAGAAAUUCUAGCGGGUCUCACACCUGAUGACAUGAUGUCAAUUAACUAUAUUCCUGGGAAUUUGGGAACCUCGAGAGAAAUAACUCUGCCAUCCGGUCAACCUGCACAGUUUGUGAGGAUUCAAAUAAAUGAUCUGUUCCCUGAAUACUUACAUCUUUGUGAAGUAGAAAUUUAUGGUAGCUUUUCUAGAGAAGAUUUAUGUGCAAUUUCCCCAUGUUUAAAUGGAGGAACAUGUACAAACAGACCCGGAGACUUCUUGUGCAUGUGUCCCGUUGGAUGGUCGGGCAAUUAUUGCCAGAUCGAUUCGAACAACAUAGCAUAUGGCAAGCCUACAGAAAUGUCAAGUUUAUAUCGGAAUGACAUCAACUUUGCUGGUGAGAAGGGUAAUGAUGGAGAUUCUAGUGGAAACUUAAUGUUUAAUGCCAACAAUACAUGUUUCCAUACGGACAGAGAGCGCAGACCUUACUGGAAGGUAGAUCUUGGUGACGUAUACGAUCUUCAGAGGAUGGUACUCUAUAAUAGACAAGAUUGUUGUAGCGAGCGUGCUCAUGACAUAGAAAUCCUUGCUGGACUUACACACGAAGACCUUAACCCAAUAUAUUAUCAUGCUGGUAUCUUAGGAAAUGUACAGGAAAUCCAACUUCCUGCUGGUACUGAGGCAAAAGUUGUCAUGAUACAUAUCAAAGACCUACGUCCAGAAUAUCUUCAUCUGUGUGAAGUUCAAAUAUACGGCACGUUUAUGAGAAAAGACCGAUGUAAACCGAAUCCGUGUAAAAAUGGUGGAACGUGUACAAAUCAAGCUGGAACACGAAUCUGUAACUGCCCGAUUGGAUGGGGUGGCAUAUUCUGUCUGAGAGAUGAAUCACAAACAGGACCCACUUAUCCAACAGUAACAGAUUCACCGGAGCCACCAUCAUGGAAUGGAUCUAGAGUUGACCCAGCUGUAUGUCGUCGAGCGAAAUGCAACCUUCCAAUUUGUUACGUGCCAUAUCCAUCUGAUUGUAAAAGUUACGUCGUGUGUCAACGUACAGCCAUUGGAUCUUAUGUUGCCUGGAAGAUGAGGUGUGCGUUUGGAUCGUAUUGGGGCUUCGGAAGAACGUGGACAUGUGAACGCGUUGAAGACCUUGCUAAACAGGGAUAUAUAUGUCCAAAUGACCCAUGCCGAAACUCGUCGAUCACAAAAUAUGCAGAUAAAGAAAUAUUGAACUGUCGUACGUUUUGGCAGUGCGAGAAUGGUGUUUCCAAACCUGCAUGUUGCUCAGCUGGAAAAAGAUUCGAUCAGAUACAACUGCGGUGUGUUGAUGAUCCACUUGAAGUUUGUCGUGCGCCAUGUCCUCUCAAGAGAGAUGGAUGUUCUGUUCCUGGUGCUCGAACACAACCGUUCUAUGAUGGAAACUGUCGUACAUACUGGGACUGUCAAAGUGGACACGCCCAUCCGCUGUGUUGUAUGUCAGGCACGUCGUAUGAUGUUGACAAGGGUAGAUGCAAAGAUGAUCCUAUGUGCACUGACUCAUGUCCAUCUGAAUACAAGACAAAGGUGUGUGGCAAGAUAACGGGAGACAAACCUGUACAGUCGUAUGCAUUGACCGAUGGAUUGUGUCGUACUUACAUGAAAUGCACGGCUGAAGGAUUUGAUGAUCCUUACUGUUGUCGUCAAGACUAUUACUAUGACGUCACUACUGGCCAAUGUGAGUUAGUGGAAGAUUUGUUUGAUCCUUGUCGUCAGGAAAUGUGUCCAAGAGGCUAUAAAGAAGACUGUCGACUUUCGGCUAUUGUGGGCAGACCGACGAAGUAUUUUGACAAUGAUGCUAUGCAAGAACUGAGCUGUGCGCCUGGUACAAAAUUUGCACCAGAUAUAUGUACAUGUGAUGGUAGUUCCCUAAAUAACAUAUGCAAAGCUGAAGUUUGGACAAAGUUUGACCAUCUAGAGGAGAAAUGGAGUGUGAAGAACUAUGGCGAUGGAUGGAUUUCCGUAUUUGGGGAAAUGUCUAAGAACCGUACCGAGCAGGGAGUAACGUAUGGUAAAUUUGACGGUUCUGGCGGUAUGGAGGUGUGGCGUUAUGAUCAUACCGCAUUCCGUGAGGUUACCCUGGAAAUCACAUUCCAACCGGUUGCAAGUGGUAGCAGCAAGCAGAUUCUGGUGUCUAACUGUAUGUCUGUCGAUAACGGCAAAGCUUCUUUUGAAGUUAGUUUGAAUCCAAGAACUUCAAAUAUUGAGUUUAGAGGAACGUCUAAGUUUGAUGCAGUUUUCAUAGAACUACCCUAUGAUAGGCAAGGCUGGAACACGUUCAAGCUAUUUUUCGAUGGUAAACAUAUUGUUGGACUUGUAGAAAGUGGCAACAAUACUUCUAUUAGCUCGAAAAAUCUUAGAGGUAAAAUUACCGCUGGAAUUGGAGCUUUGAAGUUUGGUCCAUGCCUAGAUGACUUUAGUAUGCCGAAACAUGAUGGAUUCACAGGGUUUAUCUCAGAGGUUAUUUUCUCGAAAUGUAUUGACGAAAAUGGACGAGCUGUCAUACAGAAACAUGUUGUACCAGACAUACCAGAAUAUAAAAGAUCAAAGAACAUAAAUCAACCCUAAAUCAUGACUCAACAUCUUCAUUUAAAUGUUCUCAGAUAAUUCAUAUAUACACAUGACAGAAUAGCUUACUGUAUAUACAUCGUCUGAUUGAACAUUUAUCUAUUUGCUUGUUUCAUUUAGAUUUAUAGGUGUUUUAAAAUGUGUCUUACCAACAACGGAAAGGGCGGAGAAAAUUCGAUUGAUAAAUUGAUAUAAUUAUAUCUAUGUUAAUACAGAUGCAUUGUUAAAACAUUUUUAUCUGAAAAAGGAGUUACAACGCUAUUAUGUUUGCGUUCAUUUUUUUAAGUAAUUUACUCUAACAUUGCACAAUUUAUACUGAUCGAGUCUAUGCAUAUUUAUACAAUUUGAAAAUAAAAUGUGAAUGAGAAAAUGAAUUGACAUAUAUACAACUAUUUUAAUGUUAAUAUACAUGUAUAUGUGUUUAGAUAAAAACAGAUUGGGGUGUACGUAAAGUAGGAGAAAGUUGCACUGUAAAAAGUCUUGAUAUUAUAAAAACGAUGCCAGUAAAGUCAAUAUUAUUGUUCUAAUGCUUUAGUGUGGAUGUGUUCCAAAAUUAAAUGCCUUAAUACAAAUUA